CCCAAAAAUUGCCCAAAAUUGCCCAAAAUUGCCCAAAACCUCCCCAAAGCCCCCAAGCAGUUUUUUCUCCCGAGCCGUUGAGUUUGCCGCAUCCCCGGGUUGGAGGCGGGGCUUCCAAAAUUCCUGAUUAUCUUCUAAUUUAUCUCCUCAGCGGUGGUGAGCGUGGUGCCUUCAAUAAAUUCGGUGGACCCCGGGACCAGGGGCCCAGGCAUGACCCAGGGGAGCAGGACAACUCGGACAACAACACGAUCUUCGUGCAGGGGCUGGGCGAGAACGUCACCAUCGAGUCGGUGGCCGACUACUUCAAACAGAUCGGCAUCAUCAAGACCAACAAGAAGACCGGCCAGCCCAUGAUCACUGGGUGGUCACUCUGGGGUCAUUCUGAGGGGGGUUUUUGGCUCUGUGGUCACUCUGUGGUCACUCAUGGUCACUCAGUGGUCACUGUGGUCACUCAUGGUUACUGUGGUCACUCUGGUCACUCCCCAGACCAACAAGAAGCCGGGCCAGCCCAUGAUCACUGGGUGGUCACUCUGAGGGAGAUUUUUGGCUCUGUGGUCACUCAGUGGUCACUCUGGUCACUCAUGGUCACUGUGGUCACUCCCCAGACCAACAAGAAGACCAGCCAGCCCAUGAUCACUGGGUGGUCACUCUGUGGUCACUCUGGUCACUCAGUGGUCACUCUGGUCACUCAUGGUCACUCUGUGGUCACUCUGGUCACUCCCCAGACCAACAAGAAGACCGGCCAGCCCAUGAUCAAUCUCUACACGGACCGUGAGACCGGCAAGCUCAAGGGCGAGGCCACCGUGUCCUUCGACGACCCGCCCUCGGCCAAGGCCGCCAUCGACUGGUUCGACG